CUGUUCCCCCCCGCCGGCCCGUCCCUCUCCGCAUGCGGCCACACAGAAAACCGUCUGUUCCCGGUGGGGAGCGAGUGAGCGAGGGGGGGCGUCAUUAAUUAAGACGGAAAGGAGCCGCUUUGGGAUGCAGAUUAUGGAAACAUUGCCAUGCAUCCCGUGGGAGUUCCCAGAGUGUUAGUUAAAUAGAUUUUGCGCUGUCAGGGUGGAUCAGAUUUUGCAGCACAGCGGAGCCUGCGAGGUUGAGCAACAAGCCCGCACAGCAGAGGCGGUCGCGGUGGAUGCAGCCAGAAUCGCGACGGUGUAAUUUUACGCGCACUUCCCGUCUGCAGUCCAAUCCCGGCAUUAUCCAAAAGUUACAUAAGUGAAAUUGAUAUCAAGCAGCGCCGUGUAUGAUCAGUGAGCAACAACAGGAACACUUUUGGCAAAACAAAGGCGGACAAAGGGGCCGCAGCGUGUAGGGUUUCGGUUCGUUUUAGAGGUUUUGUGGAGUUUACCCCCUAACCAAAGGUGAAAAAAUGUCCAAGCCUAAUUACUCCGGGACGUUUCAUAUGGUUUCUCAAGAAAAUAUGGACUCAUACCUGGCAGCGUUGGAUAUUAACUUUGCCCUGAGGAAAAUAGUGUGCAUGCUGAAGCCCACAAAAGAGAUCACCCACGACCCUGUGACCGGGGCGAUGAAGAUCCGCACACUCACAACCUUCAAGAACUUUAACAUGGACUUCACUAUUGGACAGGAGUUUACUGAAGACCUGGGGCCUGUUGAUGGCCGUACCUGCCAGACAACAAUCAGCUGGGAAGGGGACAAGCUGCUGUGUGUACAGCGAGGCGAGAAAGAGGGAAGAGGCUGGACGCACUGGCUGGAGAACAAUAUGCUACAUUUGGAGAUGAGAGUUCAAGGAGUGGUGGCCAAGCAGGUCUUCAAAAAGGCGGAUUGAAGUCAUUUUAAAGGGGUUCUACUCUGUAAACCAAACUCCUUAUUCAGAGAAAAUAGCAUGGGACUUGGAUUAAGGAAUGCCAUAAUUUUUAUUAUUAUUAUAGUCAAUGAUGUUUCACAACUUCACAUGAAGGAUAAGACUGAGGACCCAGGGAUUGAAUGUUUCUACACCAACUCCCAUUGUGUAUGUCAGUGAUGUACACUCAUGUGCUUAUCACUGUGAAAAGAAAAUGCUGUAUUUACACAUACUGUGCUCUAUGUGGUUGAUGGUACUAAAAGUGACAAGUUGAAAGAAUGUGGUACAGAGCAGAGCAACUUGUGCAAACAUUCCCUGUGUACUUCCUAAAAUCGUCACUAUGUCCUAAACAAAUCAUAUCUGUUGUGCUUCACUGCUGUAUCUUAAUACAUCUUCAAAAUGUUAGAUGCCAUGAAAUAA